AUGGUCUAUGCCUUCGUCAAGUCGCCGCCGAACAUUCGCCGAGUCGCGGCCAAGCCUCCGGUGGAUCAUCCAAAGCCCCUAAGGGUCAUCGAUGAAUGGAUGUACCUCCCUAGUCUGUUAUAAAAAUUUUUCACGAUCAGUCAAAAUUUAUGGGCAAAACCGUUUUUCUGACAAUUGUGUUGUGAGACCACUCGUCGUUUUCCAUGUUCUCUUGUUGACCCCGGAAUUCAGAUUCAUUCUCGAUCAUUGAACGAAUAAACUCGGUUCGGUUGUUCCUUUCGCCGGGUCAAGCAAAAAGUCCGUCCAGUUAUCAGCCUGAAUCUCUUGGCACAGCGAUCUCAUUGAAUCAACGAGAAACUGAAAACAUACGGUACUCAGUAAUUGUAGCCUUGAGCAUCAUGUUUUGCUGUUCAGAUCGUCAUGGCGGGAGCAACUCCAGUGAUUACCCCGGCGCCACUUCUCACCCAAAAUGUUCCACUAGCCAAAUUGGAUCUGGAUGAGUUGAUCUGCAAGAUUCUAAACGUUGGAUCACCGGGCUGUUCGUUGACCAAAGUGGUCCGGGAGACGGAGCUCCUUCAGUUAUGCAUGUCAGUUCGAGAAGUGUUCUUGCAACAAAGCUCCAUGGUAGAAGUCGACCCGCCAAUAAAGAUCUGUGGAGACACCCAUGGACAGCAAGUUGUUUAAAUUCAGGCGUUUACAAUGCUAGAAAUAGUCAUUUUAUGACAUUAAUUUAGGUUCUCCGACGUUAUGAGACUUUUUGAUCGAGCCGGUUUCCCUCCGGCCGCCAAUUAUCUGUUCCUUGGGGAUUACGUCGACAGAGGAAGACAGAAUCUGGAGACGAUUAGUCUUUUCUUUUGUUAUAAGGUAAGCCAGAAGGUUUGACAUUUUGUUCUCACGACGAAGUGUCACGAUUUACUGGAAAUUUUUUUUCAUCUGACGGAAGCUUUCUUUCGAGGUCUCAAGUCGGCUUACUGCUGUAUCUGUUCAUUAAUCUCCUGUUUUCUUUUUUUGGUUCAGAUUUUCCAUCGGCUUUAAUUUGGGCACCUUAUUCCGCUAAAAUCUUUCCAUUUCAGCUCAAAUACCCCGAGAAUUUCUUUUUAUUGCGUGGAAAUCAUGAAUGUUCGGCGAUAAAUCGAGUCUACGGUUUCUUUGAAGAAUGCAAUCGUCGGUAUCAAAGUGUGAGACUGUGGCAAACUUUUCAGGAUGCUUUCAACGCCAUGCCAUUUGCCGGACUCGUCGGCGGUGUGUUUUUUAUAAAGUUUUUGUUUUUUAGGUAUGCCCAAUCUAUUUUGGUUUUAGGCAAGAUUCUGUGCAUGCACGGUGGGCUUUCUCCUCAGCUGAAAAACCUUGAUCAGCUUCGAACACUGACUCGCCCUGUGGAUCCGCCGAAUCCAUCUCUUUAUAUCGAUCUUCUAUGGUCGGAUCCGGACGCUUGGACCAAAGGUUGGCAACCGAACACCCGCGGAGUUUCGUAUGUUUUUGGCACCGACAUUGUAAAUUCCUCCCUCCAGCAGUUGGAAAUUGAUUUGAUCGCGAGAGCACAUCAAGUUGUUCAGGUGGGUCUAUUAUUAUGUUUUUCAUGGUUUUAGGACGGAUACGAAUUUUUCGCAAACAGAAAAUUGGUUACCAUUUUUUCGGCGCCCCAUUACUGUGGUCAAUUUGAUAAUGCGGCGGCUAUGAUGAAUGUGGACGACAAUCUGACUUGUUCUUUUACUAUCCUCAGACCUACCGCCAAAGCCGUCCGAUUGUCUACAUUACCUGCUCAUGGGCAUCUCAAGAAAGACAAUUAG